CCAGCACCCACCACCGCAAGCCUGUAUUCUGUCAUCAUUUUUUGUAGGGACUGGCACUCCAGGACCUCCUGCCCCACUAGGGGCAUGAAGGAGUGGCUGGGGAGCAGAAGGUCCUGAUUGGGUCCCGAUGCGAGUGUCCUUGUAGCCCUGAAGCCAGAAUGUGAUGGCCUCAGUGUGCAGAAUAACUGAAUAUGGGUGCUAACUGCUAUUGAUCAGAUGAUAUUUGGCUCUGGGUUUAACUCCCUGUGUUUGUAAAAGGGGGUAUCUUUAGGAAGGUUUGACAAACCUAUGUUAUUUUUUCCUUGUUAGUUAACCUGACCUUGGGCAUCUUUUUGUUGUGGAGGGGUGGGAAGAAGUUUUAGAUUUCUGGCUGGGAGCCAGAUUGUGGUUGGUUCUCCAAAGGGGAAGAUGCAACCAUACCCCCUCCCCAUAGUAAGCAAGGGAUCUGGUCCCCACCCACUGAAGUGUUACAGGGUCCCUCCAUUGUACUUGAAUCUGAAGGUUGGGGUUUGAUUGACCCAAUGUUUUUGAAAUCUGGUUUCACUCGCUCCUUUGGAUAGAUUCAAAAUAUUAGUAGUGAAUAAGGCCUGAUGUAACUGAAUAUGGGGGGUUACUAUUCCUUUUUGUUUUCAUAGCUCUUCUUUAAGGCAUUGGUGGUUUCUUUCAAUGAUUGCCUGCCCUUGUGGAUUGUGGGGGAUUCCUGUGGUCUGUUUCAUAUGCCUUUGCUGAAAGAACUCUGUCAUGGCCCUGCUGGUGAAGCAAAGUCCACUAUCUUUUAAUUUGUGAUUGCAGGCCCAGAGUAGCAAAACACUGAAGGAAAUGGGAAUGUGAAUAUUUUGUCCUUUCUCCUGUGUGGUCUGUGGCCCAGCAGGCCCCUGAAAAGGUGUCUAUUGAUACAAAAAUGUACUUAAGUUUGCCAAAGGGUGAGAAAUGAGUAGAUUGAAAGGCCCCUGAACAUUUUGAAGGGCCGUGAUAACUGCCAACAUUUCUUUAUAUUGUACUGAUCCCUGGCAGGGUCGGAACUCACUCCAGCUAUGGGGAAUUCUGUAGGUCUUUCAUCUAGCUUACCCCAGGCUGUUAGUCCUGCCUUUCACACCUGGUCUCGGUAUGGCACUGGGACCGUGGCCUGCUGGACUACAGUAGAGUACCCGUCAGCAGUUCCUGCCAACAUGCCAUAAGUAAUCAGGAUCGCGGGCUGAGCAGCUCGAUUGGCCUCUGCUCGAACUCUACAUUCCUCCUUAUAGUGGCCACACCAUUUUAUAUAUUGGGUGCGUGAGAAGACAGCCUUAGCCAGGUCCAGCCAAUCCUUGGGAUCACAAGGAUUAUACGUAUUAUCUUGCAGUAGGGUCUGAGACCAAGGGGCAUUCAGCCCAUCCUCUGCCACUGCCUUGUGGAGUUCCUUAAUGUCUUUAGCCUCCCAUGGGUACCAUUCUUGUGGCCUAUUAGGGCCAGGGGCCAGAUUAACGGGAAAUGCCUAGAGGGUCUGUUCUUUGGGCCCUGUGCCACUGGCUCCCGAUCCCUGGCUGAUGGCCAGUCAGUCAUGGGUACCCCAGUCAUAUAGGUCCCUUCUAGAGGGUAGUAUAUGGCAAGGAGCAUUCCCCUGUUUCAAGGAUAUAAGGCGGGGGCCCUGCUCCUUCGGGGCAUAUGGAUCAUAAGGCGCAGGGCGGGGUGACUUUAAACUUGGUCUCUUCACCCUCCUGUGGUCCUCUUUGCCUUCUCUGGCUUCCCCUGGCUCUUGGGGAUUUUUUUGAAAAAUAGCAUUAACCAUACUGAGGGUUUCACUUACCCUGGAAGACUGUUUGGCCUCGGCCAAAGUACUUCAAGCCCCAUGUUUAGGGCGCCAGCUGUGGGGACCUGCCCCACCGGGAACUUAGGUCACCUGUGAAGAGGUGGCCUGGAACCGAGGAAAGGCAAGUGUGCACCACUCGCCCGUUUCCCAGCCUCCCUCUUACCCAGAGACAAUCAGAUGCAAUGGGGUCUCAAGUCAAGCAAGAACUUGUUUAUUGAUAGGCAGUAACCUUCCUUUAUACCAGAAAACCUCCAAACCUUAGGAGUGGGUGAAGGAACAAACUGAUCAUUUUAAAGGGCUCCCUAUUUACAAGUUGUUUAUGUCCUGACACUAUCUCUCGUUUUUUACUAUAUUAUCUUAGCAUAAAUAACUUGAGCUAACUUUCUUUCUCACCUUUUGUAUCUACUCUCUGCAUAAACACCUUAAAGCUUAAGCUCUAUUUUAUGUGAAUUUCUCUGGGCACCCUCUUUGCAGCCCAUGUAUGCCACACACACUGGGACCAAAGGAACGGUUCAGUUGGCAUGGGCCAUUCUGGGGGCCCACACCUGCCUCCCCAGAGGGAAUUCCUCCUUUGGCUAAUGGAGCUGGAGCUUGCCCCUUAUUUAGUUUAAAGGUUUCCCAUCUAUGUUGAAUUUUGACCUGCAGUGUUAUUUCCAAUGAUACCCUUUUUGCACCUAGGAAAGAUAGUGGUAGGUGGCUUUAUUUACCCUGGCCAACCUAAAGCCUUUUGUUGGCUGGCAGGAGGCCUUUGCAGAGGACACACUCAUUUAAAAUACCCCUCCUGUCCACAUCUGAAGCAGGCCUCCUGGAUCACAGGCUUUGAUGUUCCCUGACUCUGGGUUUCCAGGGCCUGUGAGAAAUCCUCAGUCAGGGCAGCCGUCUAGGAUUGCAAUGCUAAGGCCAGUGUUUGGGUCUGGCGAUGUUGGUCGCCAAGAUCCUGGGUGGCCUCUUUCAUGCCUGUGCAGGAAGCAGUGUUCUGAAUUCAUUCCAGCCCAGCCAGAAUCUUUAUAAAUUGGUCCCGGAGGGGUCCAGUCGGUAGUUGGUGAUAAUGCUCUGUUGAACCCAGGCUAUAAACUCUGCUAGGGUCUUAUUGUGCUUCUGCCUGACUCUGGCUAUGGGGGAUUUUGUAGGUUCCUCAUCUAGCUUGCCCGGGGCCGCCAGCCCCACCUGUCGCACCUGGUCUUAAUAUGGUGCCGGGACUGCGGCCUGCUGGACCCCCGUAGGGUACCCAUUAGCAGUACCCACCAACAUCCUAUAAGUAAUCAGGAUUGUGUACUAAGCAGUUCUAUUGGCUUCUGCUCAGACUCUACAUUCCUACUUAUAGUGGGUGCACCAUUUGAUGUAUUAAGUGCUUCAAAGGACAGCGUUAGCUAGGUCCAGCCAAUCCUUGGGGACACAGGGAUUAUAUGCAAUAUCCUGUAGUAGGGUCUGGGACCAAGGGGCAUUUGGACCAUCCUCUGCCACUGCCUUGUGGAGUUCCAUAAGGUCAUUGGCCUCCCAUGGGUACCAUUCUUGUGGCCUAUUAGGGCUGUGGGCAAGAUUAACGGGAAAUGACUGGGGGACUGCUCUUGGAGCUCUGUGCUUUGCCUCCCUUGGGGCCCUAUCUGGGUAAUAUAGGCCUCUGCAUAAGUUGAUUCGUUGGCUCUCAGAUUCCUGGCUGAUGACCCCAGUCACGUAGGUCCCUUCUAAGGGGUAGUGUAUGGCAAGCAUUCCCCUAUUUCUAGGAUGUAAGGUGGCAGACCCUGCUCCUUCGGGGAGCAUGGCUCACAAGUCUUGGAGCGGGUGACUUUAACUUGUUCUCUUUACCCUCCUGGUCUUCUGCCUUCUUUGGCCUCCCCUGGCUCUUGGGAAUUUUUGGAGAGAUUUCAUUACCCAUACUUAGGGUUUCAUUCACCCUGAAAGAACCAAACAUACUUUUCAAGCCCCACGUUGGCCGCCAGCUGUGGGGUCUCACCCCACCAGGAACUUAGAUCGCCUCUGAGGAGGUGGUCUGGAUCCAAGGAAACAUAAGUGUGCUGCUCUCCUGUUUCCCAGCCUUCCUCUUAUCUGGAGACAAUCAGUUGCAGCGGAUAGUCAUGUCAAGCAGGAACUCGUUUAUUAGGCAGUAAGCAUCUUUUAAAGCUGAAAACUGCAGAACACGGUGUUUGGGGUGGGGUGGGGCGGUGGUUUUAAAGGUCACCCUAUACUCAUUUUUUUCUAUGAGCUGUUUAUGUACUGACAUCAUAGUCAUUCCUUUGUUUGAUUUUUGUAUCCAGUCUAAUCUCAGUGCAAACAACUUAGGCUCCUUUUUUGUGGCCCAUGUGCCCCUCAUGGGGCCACAAAUCUAAGACCAAAAUCCUCCUCCUUACCCUUCUUCCUGUCCUCUCCUCCCACUGCUUCCCCAUAUCUCCCAAUGUCUCAACCUACACACUCUGGCCUAACACCCCAAAUCUUCGCUGUUCUCUUAUAGUUGGUCUCACCAGACUCCUGCCUUCCCACCCAUUUCAUUUCUUAGCACCAGAUAUUAGAAAAAAAAUUAAAAAGGCUGAGGAAUAUCCCCAAAAUCAUCUACAGGAAUUGGUGAAAAUGGCUUUUAAAGUUUUUAGUGCUCGAGAAUGACAGCUGAGUCAACCUGUUAGACAAGGCUGCAACAGAAUAUGCUCUAAGCCCAAGCCUUAGCAGCUGCUCUGAGGCCCCCACAGCCCCCACAAGGGGUACAAGGGAAGUCGGCCACAAGACUCCAUCCCACUGGAGCUCAGUCCAAGUCAACUCGGCCAGACAUUGCUUCAGAUGUGGUAAGCAGGGCCACUAGUCACAGUAUUGCCCCGACCCCUAGCUGCCCAGGAGGCCGUGCCCAAUCUGCCGACAGACUGGGCACUGGAAAUCGGAAUGCACUUGUGCAGGCUCGUCCUCUAUGCCAUGCCAUGGAGGUUGAGACUCACCGACACUGUCAGCUGAGAACUCCUCAGCCUGGCAGAGAACUGACGCAGCCUAGACUGCUGACUCCCGUUGCCCUCUUGGAGCCUAGGGCGACACUGCAGGUAGCAAAGUUAAGUCCAGUGCCUGUCUUUUGGACAUGGGAGCUGCCUAUUCUGUUAAGACAUUUCAGUUCCCUCACCAAUUUCUGUCACGGGGGUGGACCAGAUCCCUUCCUUCCCACCUAAGAUUCUGACACUUCUCUGCAUUCUUGUGAUUCUUCUCUCACUCUUUCUGGUCAUACCUGCUUGCCCUGUGCCUCUGCUUGGUCACAGUGUUCUCCGCUUUUUGGGGGCCACUCUCACCUUGGCCCCCACACUCUCCUGAGUAUUUCACAGGUCCAUAAAUGGGUUGCUCCAGAUAUAUGUCAGCCUCUGCACCAGCUUCACGGACACCAACCAGGCGAGGAUUGGCAGGUGGACUUCACUCACAUGCGCACACCUAAGGAAUUCGUUACCUCCUAUGAUUGACACCUUUAUCCUCAAGAAAGGUUGAGAAGGCCAAUGGACUCAUCAAAUGACAGCUCACCAAGCUCUCCAUUGAACUCAGGUUAUCUUGGCCCUCCCUUCUCCCCAUUGCCCAUAACCACCUCCCGGGCCACCCCACACUCUCCUACAGUUUUUAGCCCUUUUGAGCUCCUCUAUGGAAGGCUCUUCCUUUUCAGUCACCACCUCCCAGCCCAAACUCCCCCAUUGGCGGGUACCUCCCCUACCACUUUUCUGACAUCCCUUUUCCAUUCAUACUGUGAUCCUCACUACCCACUCGGCUGCCAAGCUUCUGGGACAUCCAUGCUGGUACCAUCUCUCAGGCUCAAGCAGGCACCUAUUCAGGAUACAUGGUCUGUCCAGCACCUGGGAACCUACCCCCUCCAGUUUUCUAAGAUGUUCCAACAAAGGGCCUUUGUACAUUCAUCUUGACAGUACAACUAGGGCAGAUGUUAAUGGUCUAUUUUUUUCUAGAAAUUUGCCGCCUUUGAUUCCUCAAGAAACAGAUGCUUGAGGUCUCCAGGAUGACAGUUAACCAGAUGCUUCUCCACUCACACCUGCUGAAUGUGAGCUCACCAAUUCCUGAUUCUUCCCCACGUCGACCCAUGCCCGCAGGAAGUAGUCAGACUUGAACCAGCGUCCCUAUACCCAAAGAGUCUGGAAUGUUCUGGUGGAAGAUCCACCUCAACUCCCCUCCCCUAUCUCCUUCCUCAAACCCACUCCGAAGACUACCAAACACAGCUUAUUCUGGUAGAAGAUCUAAACCAACUCCCCUCCCCCAUCUCUUUGCCCAAAUCUACUCCUUCUAAGCCCACCAAACAUAGCUCCUCCCCCAGAGAGGCUCAAGACCACUCCCACAGGUAUAUACUGUGCUGCAUUCCAGAAAACAAACAUGUGGUUCUUCCGGUCUCUUGUCCUGGUCUCCUCUCUGCGGGGCUGGGGAAUCACCCAGGAAUGCUUCACCCAUUAAACCUGGGCUUUUCCAAUUCAGUCUGAUUCUGUUUAAUUUGGAAUGCUGUGUCGGUGAAGAGGCCUUCAGUGUACACAGACUUAUCACCCCUCAAGCUUAGCAGCUGUGGGGGUUACAGUAAUUACCUUGAAGGGGCCCUGCCAUUUAGGGGAAAGUGGUGAGGGACAUGAUCCUCAGUGUUGAUCAGGAAUGGACAGGGGUUGGCGUAUGGUCAGAGUAGAGGAAUCUCAAACUCUUAAGGACACACAUGUUCCAUUAUCAACAGUUGUACAGGACUACAUAAAGUCACUUUUAUGCAAGUAUACAAAUGCUCUCGGUGCAUAGCCUGCAUGUCCGACCAUCAGUGCAUUUGUCUCCAGACAGUUCUAGUCCUGUACAACAAUAAUAAACUGUUAAAUAAAAGUCGCAAUACUCAUCAUGGAUUUCAGUAAGCCAAGCUAAAACCAAAACAGAGUCAUGCAUGUUAAAAUUUAAAUGGACAUGAUGACACCAAAUUGUUCAUCAAACUUUUUAAGAAAUCUGUGUUGAGAGGAAAUUUCUGAAGGGGGGCAAAUUGAUUCAAGUAAUAGUAAGUGUCCUUCUAUCUUAAUUCUGCCACAAAAGAGAUCACUCAAGGACUAGGAUUUGACAAAAGACAGCACACCUGCCCUGCAUAAGGCCAUACAACUAAUUGCUAACACAACAGGAAAAAGUACAAAAUUCCCUAAAUAUAACUGGAAAAUUGAUAGUGUUUCAACUAAUUCAUUGAGAAGUUUACAUUCAAAAGCAUUGCAGAACUUAGCAAAAGUCUCAGAACUAAGCCAGUAUGAGUCAGACCUUGCAUUCAGGAGGCUGAGGCUAGAAGAUUGUUAUGAAUUGGAUGUGAGCCUGAGCUAUAGGGUGAGUUCAGGUGAUGGACAUAGACUGCAAAAUGAGACCAUAGCAAAAGCACAUCUAAGGUUUGGCUCUACGUUCCAUCCCUUUGUCUGUCUGUCUGUCUGUCUGUCUGUCUGUCUGUCUGUCUGUCUGUCUGUCUGUCUGUCUCUCUCUCUCUCUCUCUCUCUCUCUCUCUCUCCAACGCAUUAAUGUCAUAAAAUUUAAUCUAGAUUCCUAUAAGAGAGAACACUUGUCAUUCUUUUCCUUCAUUACUGUCUCUUGUCUUUCCCUCUCUUAAGUCCUCUUUGACGUUCAUUGCUCUUUAAUGUUUGAGAGCAACCUGACCUAAAAACAGACACUUGGGACAUUAGCACUGUGAAAUAACACCCACCCACUCUCCACCCUGGAAUGGAGAAGUCUAACUGCAAUCAAAAUUGCAAACCACUGGUGUAGCUAGGAAUAGCAUGGAGCUGGGGUGGGGGUCAGACUCCAACUAUCCCUUUCCUAGAUAGAAAUUUCUCAGUGGUGUGAUUGAUUCCCAGUGGCCAAUCUCAGAACUUGGGUGGGAAGGCAACCACUUUUAAGAUCACUUUCCCACACCUGUAGCACUAUGAGCCUAAGUAGAUGCUGGCCUUGGCGAGAUGACAACAUUUCUCUCAUCCAUUUCUUUGAAAAUUUGGAUGUCUUGACAAGAAUUAUGAGGUGUGGAUUUGCACUCAAAUUUAAUUCUUUGAAACUCGGUCUUGUGUAGUCCAGGUUGGUCUUCAACUUGCCCUAUAGCUAAGGAUGUCUUUGAAUUGACCCCCUGCUUCUAGAGUUCUGAGAUUACAGGCUUAUACCUGUACUCAAUUUACACAGUAGUGUGUGCAUUCUAGGCAAGCACUAAACCAUAUCCCCCACCCUCAGAACUUCUCUGUGCAAAGGUUGUCGUGGACUUGGAGACCUCCCCAAAGACUCCUCCUAAGACUUAAAGCAGCUUUUCAUCUGCCGGAACCCAGGUCCAUGAUAAAGUCUGGCUCAGAGACUUAGAGAGGCAGGUGUGGUGUUGAUCAUAGUGAAAGUCUGGUGCCAGGGUCUUUCUGUUAUGAGGGGAUUUAGAGCAGAGAUAAAACUGCAAACACCUGAGCCUGCCAGGUGUCAUGCCAAGCCAUGGGUUCAGUCUGGAAAAUCCUGUCGUUUUCUUCUGAAAAGAGGGCCCCUUCUUCCCUUCUCCCUUUUCCUCACCCCCUUCUUUUUUGGGACAGGAUCUUGCUGUAGAUCAAGCUAGCCUCAAAACUCAAGGUAAUCCUCCUGACUUAACCUUUUUUAAAAAGAUACUUGACUAUUAUUGUGUGAGUCUCUCCCUCCCGUGUGUGUGUGUGUGUGUGUGUGUGUGUGUGUGUGUGUGUGUGUGUGAACACAAGUGUGGAAGCAGAGGGCAACUUUGGGGGAGUGGGCUCUGGGGAUCUACCAUGUGGGCUCUGAGGCUCUAACUCAGGGCAUCAGGCUGAGUGGCAAGUGCCUUUACAUACUGAGCCAUCUCACAGGUCCAACAACUUCUUAAGUCAUGGUUUCAAGGCCUCUCUCCAAAUAUAGUCUUAGAAAUUGGGGAGGGGACACACACCUCAGUACGUAAGAUAUUGUCACCAGUUCCUCAGCACAGUUCUCUGGUCAAGUUGCAUAAAAAUACUAAUGGCAAAAAAAGAAAAAAGAAAAGAAAAUGGUUUUGUGUCUUUUACAUAUAACCCCCUUUAAAGGCUAAUGGAUCAUUUUUUAAAAUGAAAAGUUGGACUAGCUGAGUGGAUCCCACUGAUAGUAGCUUUGGCUAUAAGAGCUUCACACAGGGUUGGGAAGUAGGCAGGUGGUAGAGCACUCAUCCAAUAGGCCUGAGCUGCUGGGCCUGCCUUCCCUGCCACCACGCUGCCUUUUUCUGUGUUGCUUUUGCUUUCCAACCUUUUAACAAACCACAGCAGCCAGACCUGAUACCUGCCCAGUCCUCUGACUAGAAUAGUAGGAUUACUAGAGGUGGUUCCCAGGACCCAACAGCAGUCACAGGCGACUUCUGGUAUGUUGGUAGUGCCUUCUUUUUCAGUCUGGAUACUCUUUGUACAAUAUGUGUCCAGCUAGAGGAAACUCAACAUGUGCAACCAGACCAGUUUUCUAUAAGCACACCAUAUUUCAAUGAAAAGCUUAAAUAACCCAAGAGUGGUGGCGUACUCCUGUAAUAUCGGCAUAUAGAAGCUGAAGCAGGGCUGCGAAGUCCAAAGCCUAUCUAGGCAGCUUAGAAAGAUAGUUUUUAUUAAAUUAUUUAAAAAUAAAUUAAUUAAAAAUUUAAAGAGUGGGGAUUGCUGGAAAGACGGCUCAGCAGACAGGGCACCUGCUAUGAGUUGGAAUCCCCAGAAGCCACUUCAAAGCCAGAGGAAGGUGUUAGAUCCUCACAGAACAAUGAGGCACAGGUGAACCACAUGAGCACUCUGGCUGAGAAGAAGAAACCAGGACCAAAUCUGGUCAGGCUGACGAUCUCUGCAUAUCCAAUUAGUUCUUGGUUUCCCAGGCUAUCCCAUGGGCAUUCAGUCCUCAAGUCCCCGGCCAUCAAGUUUCUUGCUCACAAGAUACAGGUUUUAACAGGAGCUGCACCAUUAGAGCACCCACAUGAUGCAGAGUGCUGGGUGGCUUCCGUUUUAAAUCCCCGUGACCAAUCAGCAACGCGCAGGCCUUUGAAAGAUUCCCAGUACCUUGUUUGUAUUCGAGGGGGAGCAGAGCAAGUUUAGGAGCAUGAAAGCAGCAGCCAAAGCUGGAAAGCCGGCUCUAGCACCAGCCGACCUCCGGAAAGCCAGGGUCCAGGGAGAUGCAGGUCCCAGUGCCCCAGUGGCGGCCCCACUGUUGAAAGAGAUUCCAGAGGUCUUAGUGGACAAAUGCAGCAGGCGCCUUUAUGUAAGGGGACGCUUUCUGAGUAAAGCAGGCGUUAUCAAAUGCUUUGAGAUCUCAGACCGAGACACAAAGGAGGUGUUCGCAGCCAAGAUCGUGCCUAAGUCUUUGCUCACACCCUCCCAGAAGGAGAAGCUGUCCAAAGAGAUUUCCAUUCACCGCAGCCUCUCACAUCAACACGUCGUCGGCUUCCACAGCGUUUUCGAAGACAGUGAAUUUGUGUUUGUGAUUUUGGAGCUUUGUCGGGAGAGGUCCCUCCUGGAGCUGCACAAGAGGAGGAAAGGCCUGACCCAGCUGGAGGCGCGCUACUACCUAAGGCAGAUAAUCCUGGGCUGCCAGUACCUGCACCACCAUCAGGUCAUUCACGGGAACCUUAGGUUGAGCAACGUCUUCCUGAACGAGGAUCUGGAGGUGAAAAUAGGAAAGAAGAAAACCUGACUUGUGAGAAGAAAGGAUCAAUGCUCCGAUACUUCCCAAGCUUCCUAGCAAGGAUGAAUCACAUCAGUGCUGUACUGUAGAAAAUUGGGACCUCAGCUCAGGAGCAUGCACAGAGGAC